UGUGUGGACUUAUACUGUUCCGAUGGGUAUUUGUUGAUCAUAGAAGAAAUGGUGUAUUUAUCUUCUGCUUUUGCGAAGUGGGAUGUAGCCUUCUAUAUUGAAUACCCCUAGGAGCCACUUCAAGUAUAUUCAAAGUCAUAUGCCCUAUGGUGUGUUGUAGUACUGGUUCCUUGGUCUUAAACCAAUGAGGUGUAAUCAACAAAAAUAAAUUCACACUGACAUAAGACGAAGAAAUUGGUUUGUUAACAAACAUUCAACAUUAUUGGAUCUACGAACAGUUGGCAAGGCCGCGGAAACCAACCUAUUUUUUUUCAAAUGGAUACACUAAUUCUUACUAUACAAAGAUAAAUUUAUUUUGCUUAUUCAAGUGAACUGGAAAUAUCUGGAAUGGCUCUUGGAAUUAAGUCGGGAAUAUCCAGUAUAAAAUGGAUUGACUUUCAGGAGCAUAUGCUGAGUAUCUAUCAUCGAAUCUUCGAAUGCCACCAGCAUGCCGACUGCCGACUGAUCGUAGCAGAUGGUGAACUGCAUGCCAACCGGUUGGUACUGUCCAUGGCAUCGGCUUUCUUCGACACUAUUUUCUCCUCCAUAAUGUGUGAGCAUGUUGCUGGAACCGAUCCCUUGACAGUGUUGAUACCGGACAUUACGUUGUCAGCUAUGCGGCUGAUAUUGGUCUUCAUUCACACCGGUGAAGUGAAUCUUCGGCUCCAUGAUUUGGCUUCAUUCAUGGAGGGUUGUAGUUUACUCCAGGUACGUGGGAUUCUGUUUUCCGGUGACCGAGUAGGGGGAAUUUACGUGGGCAAAUUCCCAGCAUCUACCAGCGCGUUCGUGGACGAAGUAUCAGAACGAGUCGUCGGCGUUGAAGUUGCUGCAUCCGAAUCAACAGCGGUUCUUGUGGAGAAUGAAAGCCACGCAGGGGCUGAGGAAGAAAACUCUUUAACUGGACAGCUCACCGACGAUGGCAGAUUCAUAGCGGAUGGUAAUAAACACGGUAUCAGUGUAAUGGAUGCGACUGCUGCGGAAGAAACUGACGAUAAUGAAUAUUACGACGUGAUGGAAGAGGUAAUGGCGAAUGCAGAAUCGUUACCUUGUUCAAGUGGCGCAGAAAGUAUUCCCGUUCCAGUAACAGCUGAUGAUGGCUGUAAGCCGACCGCGACGAGACAAAGAAGUCAAGAUCUCGCAGAGUAUGAUACGCAUCUAAAACAAUCCUGCGAAGCGGUGAAUGCAGGAGAACCGUUAACCUUUACAAAUCCUGCAGAAAGUAUUCCAGUGCCACUAACCACUGAUGAUCUUUCUAAGCGGACCCAAUCGCAACAGAAGAAAGGUUUGGAUCUCACAGAGUACGAUAUGCGCUUAAAUCAAGCUAGCGAAGCGGUGCUCAGCGAAGGUAUAAGCUACCGCCUGGCAUCGCUCCAGUACAACGUCGCCAAAAGUGUUUUAUGGCGAAAUACAAGGAAAUUAUCCCAUGCGGAGAAAUGCUCGGUACAUGAUGAACUAAUGACCAAGCCGGUGUCACCGGUGGCAACGACGGAAUGCGAUGUAAUCGGACCACCUGAGGUAUGCCACGGCGAUAUCGCACCGUUUGAAACGCAAACGACACAAGACCUCGGCAGUUACGCGACCAGACUGAGUGCAGCUAUCGAUGCAGUUCUCAACCAGGGUGUAAGUUACCGGAUUGCGUCUCUCCGUUACAGCAUCGCCAAGACCGUCCUAUGGCGGAAGACGAUGAAAAUGCCGCGUACAUUAUCGCAAAUGUCCCAGAAAGUAGGCAGCGCUCGGCGAGAGGCUAUCGAUGCGAUCAAAUCCGGUGAAAAACUGCUGAAUGUGAGCCGCCGUUUCGAGAUUCCUCUGUCGACACUCCAUCGGGAUAAGAUACGGCUGUACAGCAGUGGCGUGCUGCCGACAAAAGUGACACUGAAGCAACGUGAUAAAGGCGAACAGUUCAAACAACGACUAAUCGAAGCGUCACAAGAGUGCGUUGCGGGCAGAAUGUCGCUUUCAGAGGCGGCCCGGGUGUAUAGCCUACCGAAAACAUCUAUCUGGCGAAAAGUUCGAUCACAGCAAGCCGAUGGUGGAGGCUGUGACGUGACAGCGGGACGUGUAAAGCGAAAAAAGAAAAAUCCAGACGAUAUUAAAGCUCAGCAUCGUGAUGUUGUAAUCGGAGCAGGCGAAACCGUCUGGAGGGCGAACGAAUCGAUGGAGGCCGACUCAGGGUACGUUCCUGUUUCGAAUAUGGAUGUUUCAACGGCAGAUUUGGCGGAUAUGAAGAUUGUUCAUAUCUAUGACCAUCACGGGCUUAGUGAUAGUCUCCAAUAAAACGUCGUAAUUCGUCAAAGCUC